GAACCCUCCAAAUCAAGGCAAUGCAAGCUCUCAUGGCGCCUGAUGGGUAGGCAAAAUCAUGCAUGCCGUGCAUGCGCGUAUUGCGGGAUGGCCUACCCCGAGUUUUGCAGGCGCCGAGCCUCUGUAAUUUGCAGGAUGAUUUUGAGAGAAACGGACGUACUUUCUGGACGAUCCCUUGGUCCACACGCGCCGCGCAUGUUUCGCGCACGCGUUGUUCUCGGCGUCCAUGUUAUCAUUUCACUGAACUUUCAAUAAAAGUAAGUGUGCUAUAUCGGAUUAAUGAUUGUUACAUAUUUUUCUCUUUUGACAGGCGUACCUCGUCAUGCUGAUGACUACACAGCUGUUAACCCCAGGAAGAUUCUGGGGCUUCCCCAGGAAUACGCGGUUGUGCCUCUAACUUCAUUUAAUGUGAAACAAGGUCGGUGCCCUACCUCAGAUGUGAGUCGCUUGGAUUCUUUAAGCGCUGACCCAAUGUUAGAAGAACAUGCGUGGUUAGAAGCAUGUGGUCGAGCAGAGACAUCUAACACCUGGGCGGGAUUCCACUCCCGGCGGUCCCCUGAAGUCGAACACCUGGCCCGAUUUGCCGUGCUUCCGCCAUUCAAUAAUUUGGCGCACACUGUGGAAAUGAUGGCACACAGUAUCAGAGUAGCCAUAAAAGCAACUAAGCUUUUAAACCCUGAUCAGCUUGCAGUCCUUGGUGGUGACUUGCCACUUUUCGCGUUAUUGAAAGAAAUCCAGUAUACUUGCCCUGAAAUAUAUGGAGAAGAUAAAAUUUUUAUAAUGAUGGGUGGCAUGCACAUUGAAAAGGCGGCGUACACUCUACUGGGAGACAUACUGGAUGGAAGCGGUUGGUCCGCUGCACUUGUAGAGUCGAAAGUGACUACCAAAGGCAGGGCUGACUCUAUGCUGACGGCUUCCCACAUCACUCGCACUAGAUAUGUGCACCAGGUCACUGCUGCUGCAUUUUACAGCCUAAAGUGGAAAGCAUAUGCGGAGUAUGCAGGCGAUGACCCCUUGUCUUUUGAGGAUUGGUGUCACUCAAAGCAGAAAACUCCCCAGUUUCGGUUUUGUGACAUCGUUUUGAACCUCAUUCUAGCCAUUCUGCAGUUGGUCCGGGCAACGCGAACUGCCAACAUAGAGCUUUACAUUCAGGCUCUUACAAGAAUAGUUCCCUUUUUCUUUGCACUUGACCAUCAAAACUAUGCUCGAUGGCUGCCAAUCCAUUUGAGGGACCUCAUUAAUUUGGAAAAACACCACCCUGAAUUGUGGAACGCAUUCCAGAAGGGGUAUUUUGUUGCUGCUAAAUCUUCACGGCGGUUUUCUACUAUUUCUCUGGACCAAGCUCAUGAGCAGCUUAAUGCUACUCUGAAAGGAAAUGGAGGUGUAGUUGGUUUGACAGACAGUCCUUCAGCGCUUUUGAAUUGGAUUCUUUUUGCGCCUGAAAUUGCCGACAUCGUCGACAAAUUUGAACAAAAUACCUUUAACUUUGAUCCUGAUUCGGAUGCGCACCACUUUGACACGGAAUCGGCGAGAUCAAAUUUUCUCCGUGACAAAACUGCACUAGAAGAAUAUUUUGAGAACACUGGAAAUCCUUUUGCUGAGGAAGGAAUAAAUCUCUACAACUUCGACACACGUCGCUGUGCUUCUGCAGAUGUUGUCGACACCUUUUUGAACCUGGAAGCAAAGGGAAAUGAACAGUAUUUGAAAUACACACAGGAAAGGCUGGUAACUGGAGAAGUGUCCAUUCAUGCUCCGAUCAAGCAAAACAAAUUCCCUACAUUUGCUAAAAAUAUGAGGCCUGCCAACAAAAAUCAAAACCAAAAGGAACAAAUAAAGGCCCUCAAAGACGAGAGUGAACUUUUUGGAAAACUGUUUGUUGCUAUAAGCAGGGGCAGGCCAUCAGACCUCAAUUUAUUUUUCUCCCACGAAAAUACGGAUAUUCCGCCUUCGCUUUUUCUCAAUGAUGGAAGUAUGAGGCCCCCCAAAAAUAAUAGUGACUUAGUGAAUGACUGCCUUGUUCCACUUCAAACCUGCUCACUGUAUAACCGGCCGAAAGUCACAGCAAAAAUUUUAGAUGGUGGUUUUAUCGCUCACCUGCUCAAACCUGGCGUGACUGUGACAUUUUCAGAGUUUAGGGAGAAGGUAUUUUUACCUUUCAUAGUUCAAGAGGCCUCAUCUGUGUCAAGACUAGACGUUGUAUGGGACACGUAUAUUGAACACAGCUUGAAGGAUACGACUAGAGAAAAACGAGGGGAAGGACCGAGAACGCUAGUAACUCCUGAGACAAAGCUUCCGAAAAACUGGCCAGAUUUUUUGAGAAAUGCAGGCAACAAAACUGAUUUCUUUGCCCUUCUUGCUAGAAGCAUACCCGACUGCAAAAUUAUGUGCCAGUUGUACUCAACCUUCGGUGAAGCUGUUGUGUCUAAUUGUGAACAGAGUGAUGUGUCUUUCAUCUCACCUUGUAACCACGAGGAGGCGGAUACUCGUAUGCUUCUUCACGUCGCCGACGCUGUCCGCUCCGGGCACAAGGAGAUCAUCAUCAGGAGCACCGACACCGACGUGGUCGUUCUUGCGGUGGCCUGUGUGGAAAUGCUACCGGGACUAGAAGAGUUGUGGGUUCACAUCGGGUCAGGAAAGAACCACCGGUAUAUUGCAGCUCAUGAGAUAUCCAAAUCUCUCAAACUGAAAUUAGGGCCUAAAAUGCCACAAGCGUUGCCGGCUUUUCAUGCCUUAACAGGCUGUGACACUGUUUCUGCUUUCAACAAAAUUGGCAAGAAAGGUGCGUGGAGUGCUUUGACAUUGCACCCCCAGACAGUGGACGCCCUUAUUGAUUUGGCAGAAGGGAAUAUUGCAGCAGCAAAGAGAAAGCUUUUCCGCUUUGUAAUUGCGAUGUUCAGCUCUGCGCAAUAUCAAUCGCUGGCGGAGGCACGUCGAGCGCUCUACUGCAGCACAAAACGGUCGAUGGACACCAUACCUCCAACAGAGGACGUGACUCUGCUGCACUUUUUACGUGCAUCCUAUUGUGCUCAGGUGUGGAGUCAGCUGACCGUAAGAACUCAAGCCCUUCCCUCGCCAUCCGAUUGGGGUUUCUCUCUGAAGGAAGACGGCUGGAAGCCAGUGCAUCGCUCCCAACCAACGGCUACUGAAGCCUGCAAAGACAUCAUUGUCAAAUGUGGUUGCAAAUCGGCAUGCCAGGGGAAUUGCAGCUGCUCUAAACGGCAGCAAAAGUGCACCGAUUUAUGUGCCUGUACUUGUAAUAAGGCAGAUUCAGAAAGUUAAUUAAUUUCCUUGUGAUAGUUGUGAUACUAUAAUAGUACAAAAUAUUUAUAUAUUUAUAAUUCAGAUAGCAACGAGUGCAGUAUGAUUGAAAUAAGUAGCAUGUGAUAAAUUAGUAGGUACCUAGCUGUGAUGUGCGCUGUGAAAAGAAACAGCAAUUACCAAAGUAAACGUAUUGUAAACUUUCCACAAAUAUGGUAGUUCCUGUGAUAAAAAUACUUUUAAGGUACAGUAACAGAUUUGCAAUAUUAAUAGAGUUAAUGUUUUAAAAUGUAAAACACUUACAUUGCAGUUGGAACUGGUACAAGAGUCUGGUUAUUAAAACGUAUUCGUUUUUCAUACAUUUAUUCUGAAAGCUCUUUAAUUUCGGUCAGUUAAUCU